AACGUUUAAGCAGACAGCGGGCAAGCGGAGAACCGCCGGCGACUCUGAGACUCUCGACUAGUGCGCAGAAAAAAACAAUGGAAAAUGCUAUUAGGAAUCUGAAGAUCAAGACGGCGUCUUGCAAACGCAUAGUGAAGGAGCUUCACUCAUAUGAGAAGGAGGUGGAGAGAGAAUCCGUGAAGACGAAUGACAUGAAGAUACGUAACGCCGAUCCAUAUGACCUCAAACAACAGGAAAAUGUGUUGGCCGAGUCGAGGAUGAUGAUUCCUGAUUGCCACAAGCGUCUAGAAACUACUAUGGAUGACCUUAAAGCAUACCUGGUGGAGCUCAACGAAGAUAAAGCCCCCGAUGAGGUAGUUAAAGAAGCUCAAGAUGUCAUUGCUGAAGUAGAACGCCUGCUUCCACAGAGCAAACCCAAUCAAGAAGGGACCGAGGUUGAAGAAGCUGGAGAAGUUUAAGGUUGAACGGCGUGCUGGGUUUUCUGGAUUUCAUGUUUUUUUUUUCUGCAGCUCUGUUGUUCUUGACAUUAUAUUACCCAUUUUUCAUCCACUGCGUCAAAUUUCAUUCUCUCGGACUCUUUAUUCUUAAAGGCGUGUUCAUCUGUUGUGGGUUUGCCAUGGCUCAACAUGUAAAACAGCACCAUAUGCUUGCUUGGUGGUAAUUGGACAAAUUGCUCUUUGAAUAUGCGACUCAUGAGGGGCUUUUUUUAAAGCCAAAAUUCUGUACCCCAAACAUUUGAAACUGCAUGUGACCACUUAGGCUCAUAGUGGAGUCAAAUGAGGUGUAGAGUGGAUGAACCCCAUUUCUGAGGGUCUUUAUGCAACGGUCGGACAAAUAGCACAGAGGAAAUAAAUUGGAUUAUAAUAU